AUGCAGUCAAUCGGAAGCCCAAUCGCUAUCAUCGGCGUGGGCUGUAGGCUUCCCGGAGGAGCCAGUGACCUGGAAAAACUAUGGCAGCUGCUCUCGGAAGGGCGCAGCGGCCGAACAAAAAUUCCAAAAGAUCGAUGGCAUGCAGACGAGUGGUUUGAUCCGUACCCGGAGGCAAAGCAGUCUGUCGUGACGAAGCAUGGCUUCUUUGUUCAGGACGACAUCUCGUUAUUUGACGCAAAGUUCUUCGGCAUCUCUAGCACCGAAGCACACUCCAUGGAUCCGCAGCAGCGACUGUUCUUGAUGACGACUUACGAAGCCUUGGAAGACGCCUGCAUUCCCAUUGAUAGCCUACGAGGAUCCAACACUGGUGUCUAUGCGAGCAUCUUCGAAAGGAGCUAUGACCGCAUGGGACACAAAGAUCCGUCCACCAUCAGCAGGACUCAUCUCAACGGCACAGGAGAAUCGAUUCUCUCAAACAGGGUUUCAUACUGUUUUGAUCUUAAGGGGCCGUGCAUGACUAUCGAUACAGGCUGUUCUGGAAGUUUGGUUGCUCUUCAUCAAGCUUGCCAGAGUCUCAAGCUAGGAGAAACCGAUCUGGCAUUGGUUGGCAGCUCUCAGCUCGUAAUCCAUCCCGAUGUUCUUGCAAUCAUGAGUGGGAUGGGCAUGCUGAACCCGGACGGCAAGUCGUAUGCCUUCGACUCCCGAGGUGACGGAUACGGUCGUGGUGAGGGUGUAGCAACGAUCGUUCUGAAACGGCUGGACCGCGCGCUCCAAGAUGGGGAUCGAGUUCACGCGAUUAUUGCAAAUUCCGGCUUGAAUCAGGACGGCAAGACGUCUGGCCUGAAUACGCCUAGCGGGGACGCGCAAGCCUCGCUGUCGUCGCGCGUAUAUCGUGAGGCUGGUUUGAACCCUGCGGAUACGGCAUACGUAGAAGCUCAUGGAACUGGAACUCAAGUCGGUGACCGAGAGGAGAUUGCGUCAAUUUCCAAGGUUUUCUGCGAAGAUGUCGGUCGACAGGAUGAUCUUUAUGUCGGCUCAGUGAAGACAAAUGUUGGCCAUCUGGAGGCGGCUUCUGGCAUGGCUGGCUUGCUCAAAAGUAUUCUCAUACUCAAGCACGGCAAGAUUCCGCCCAAUCUAGACUUCAUCAAACCGAAACCGUCGCUCAAGCUAUACGAGAAAAAGAUUACGAUCCCAACAGAGCUUACGCCGCUCCCAUCUCCUCGCAACGGCGCCCCAGCACGAGUUUCCCUGAACUCUUUCGGCUACGGGGGAACCAACUGUCACGUAAUUUUGGAAGCUGCCGAAUCAAAAAGUAAACCAAAUGGUGUCAGCCAAAAACCGAAUGGCGUGACGGGCAACGGUACCACGUCAAAUGGACCCAACGGUGUCGCGACUAACGGGAAGACCUCCAACCACAAUCACGAAAGCGAGGCGCCGAAUUCACCGCAGCUUUUCCUGUUGAGCGCAUCCACUGAGAAGGCACUUUCAACCCGGGCACAAGACCUUGUUCAAUGGCUCAAAACUCAUGAUUUGGGGCCUCGGACGUUGCGUAGUCUUUCCUACACGCUCGCCCUACACAAGUCCGCUCUAUCGUGCAGAAAGGCCAUCGUUGCGUCGAAUCCAGAGCAGCUGACAGCGGAGUUGGAAGCUCCAAUGCCAGAAAAGAAGAUCAAACCGUCAGCACCGAUUACUUUCGUCUUCUCUGGCCAAGGGGCACAAUGGCAUGCAAUGGGCCUCGAGCUGGCUAGGUCCUCAUAUGUUUUCAAACAGUCCAUGUCGGCCAUGGACGAAACCUUGCGUUCACAGGGCUGCCGAUGGAGUCUUCUCGAGGAAUUAUCGAGACCUUCCAAUACUUCGCGUGUUGGUGAGGCGGAGCUGGCACAGCCCUGCACUACUGCCAUCCAGAUUGCGCUCGUUGACUUGCUUGAGAGCCUUGCGAUUCGACCGAGUCGGGUAGUGGGUCACAGUUCAGGUGAAAUCGCGGCCGCAUACGCCAGUGGUGCGUUGAGCCGGGACGGCGCUCUUCUCCUGGCAUAUCAUCGCGGUCUGACUUCGGCUAAGGCUAAACAAAUGGCUGAUACCGGCGGCGCUAUGAUGGCAGUCAAUCUCAGCGAGAGUCAAGCCGUACAAUACUUGAAGAGAGCUACCAGCGGAAAAGUUGUCGUAGCAUGUGUAAACAGUCCAACGAGCCUGACCCUUUCUGGCGACGAAGGCGCUGUUGACGAGAUCAAGUCUGCGCUCGACCAAGAGGGCAUCUUUGCUCGGAAGCUCAAAGUCGACACAGCGUAUCACUCGCAUCACAUGCAGCGUGUUGCCGAUCAUUAUCAGCAGGCAAUCGGCGAAAUUCGGUCGGGACAAGUGCGCGACGGUGUUGUUUUCUACUCCAGCGUCACAGGCGCCGUCAAGACAACUGAUUUUGGUGCCAGCUACUGGACCUCGAAUCUAGUUUCGCAGGUAAAGUUUAGCCAGGCCCUGAUUUUGCUGCGAAACGAUCAGUCAAAGCAAGAAACGAACAUGGAUGUCAGCGUGUUUGUUGAGAUUGGACCGCACUCCGCUCUGGCGGGCCCUUGUCGACAGACACUCACGCAUGAGGGAACAACAGCCGACAAAUUCAAGUUCGAAUAUCUUUCUGUUCUCUCGCGAAAUAUCGACGCUGUACAAACCACCCUUACGUUUCUCGGCAGGGCGUUCGAGAUCGGGCUUGGAAUCGACAUGGUCGCGGUGUUAUCUGUCAUAGAUAACGCGGCAAAGCCAGACGUAGUCAGAGAUUUGAAGCCGUAUCCCUGGGACCUGGUGCCAUUUUGGCGCGAAUCUAGGUUGAGUAAGACUCACCGCUUUCGUCAAUUCCCCCAUCACGAUCUUCUUGGUUUAUUGGACCCGACCAGCACCAUUCACGAGCCGCGUUGGCGUUACUUUCUCAACCUGGAUGCUUUACCAUGGCUGCGUGACCAUGUUGUUGAGGGCUUCAUGAUUUACCCAGGCGCGGGCUACUUGACCAUGGCUAUGGAGGCAAUGAAGCAGCUCUCAGAGAUGAGAGGCAUCUCAAAGCCAAUUGCCAAAUUCGUCCUUCGCGACGUGGAUAUCCCGAAGGCUAUUGUCUUGAGCGAGCCUGAAGACGGUAGUACCAGUGAGGUCGAAGUUCAGCUCAGCAUGUCCGCCGUACAGCAGCAUGAGACCAGCGGGUGGCAAUCCUUCCGCGUCUGGUCGUAUGGAAAAGAUGACACGUGGACUGAGCAUUGCGUUGGCGAAAUCAUGAUCGUGUACGAGAAGGAAGAGCACGACGAUGUUGAAGGCACAAGAGAAGUUGACUUACUCCAACAAGAGGCUCUUGAUUUCCUAAACACGGCCAAACAAGAUUGUGACACCGACAUGACCAAGUCCGAUUUCUAUGGCUUUGCCAGUCUGAGCGGAAACGAGUUCAGGGGAGCCUUCGCGUCGAUUGUGUCUGCAAGGCACGGAAACAGGCGCGGGGUCUUUGAAAUCUGCACCCCGGACAUUGCUUCCGUGAUGCCUCAUCGCUUCUUCCGGCCUCACUUCAUUCAUCCAACCACCUUGGACGCUGCUCAGCAAAUCAACGGCAUUUUGUUCAAGAAGUUCAUCUCGAACGCGACAUGCGUGCCGACAAAGCUUCCCUUCCUGGAGAUCAGCGGAAAGAUGUCGACCAAGGCAGGAGACAGCUUGACUGGCGCGAUGCAGAUUGAAGCCGAUGGACCGCAAACAUCUAAGGGAGCAGGAUGGGUUUUCCAAAAGGAUGCUGAUGGGCAUCUUACACCCGUCAUUCGACUUGCCAUCAACUUACGCGCCAUAAGUGAGGCACAUAUCGACGAGGAUCGGCCUUUCGUUCAGGACAAGGUUAACCGACUAGAUUGGAACUUCGACGUUGACUUUUUGACUGGCUCGUCAUUUCUCUACGUGCUUUCGUCCACCCUUGGACUCGAUGAGAACACAACGUACGGAUACCACGGCACAAAGGUCUCGGUGGAAGAGGCUCGACAUGGGUAUCUCACUGCUGACCGUGCUUCUACAAUCUGGAUACGGGAGGCAGUGCGCCGUGUCGAGACCGCCGAUGCCGGUACGGUGCCAUCUCAGCUGGUCAAGUUCUUUGAAUGGAUGAAGAAAUGGCUGGCAUCUGAGUACUGCCGUGAGAUCAUGAUGGAUAUCAAUUCGGAAGACGAGAGUCGUACAUUGCACGAUGUUGAGUCAUCCACCAGUUCCGCCGAGCUUCAGCUUCUCGCUCGCGUGGGGAAGGCUCUUCCAGGUAUCGUGAGUGGCGCGGUAGAGCCCUUGGACGUCAUGCUCGAAGACAACCUUUUGUCCAAGAAUUACGAGAGUGGCACUUUUACUGGGGACUAUCAGGCAGCAGUGGCAUAUCUCAGGCUUCUGACCUUCAAGAACCCGCGCCUCAGAGUCAUCGAGAUUGGCGCAGGGACCGGAGGCUGCACGAAAUGGCUCUUCGACGGUCUUUCAGGCCAAAACGGCGCAGUGGGUCUUCCAGUCGACAAGUAUACUUUCACAGACAUCUCAAGUGGUUUCUUCGAGGAAGCGCGGGAGACGUUCGCCCAAUGGGAAGACGUCAUUGAGUUCAGAACUCUCGACGCGGACGCAGAUCCUGUUGAGCAAGGGUUCGAGUCCGAGUCGUACGAUGUGGUAGUAGCGGCCAAUGUGCUCCACGCUACAAGGAAGAUUGAUUUGACAACUAGUCGCGUACGAAAGCUGCUCAAGCCGGGCGGUAGUCUCGUUCUUCUCGAAAUCUCGCCUAGGGGAGCAGCUGUUGGUCUCGUAGCUGGCACCCUGACGGGAUGGUGGGCGCACGAGGACGAGUUCCGCGUUGACACCCCUCUACUGCAUCGCGAGCAAUGGGCAGAAGUCCUGUCUCGAAAUGGCUUUGGUGGUAUCCAUCUCGCGCGAGGAUGUAUGAUGGUAGCCAAGGCUGUACCUUCUACGCCUAAUGGAGCUCUGGCUAGACAUGACGCCAUUCUGCUUGAGAACUGCGCGGAUGACAGACUUGAUUCCAUAGUCAAGGGAUUUGCCUCACAUGCCAUCGACAUCGUAGAGCGUGGUUGGGACCAAGUUGACGUCGAGAAGGACUCGGAAAGCCCCUACUUGGUUCUUGACAGUGCUGUCCAGCCACUACUCCUCGAGCCAUCACCACAACUUUUCAAGUCUAUCAAUACUCUUCUCGCCGCCAAACGCAGAGUAUUAUGGGUUGUUGUGCAAGACAAAGCCGAUCCGGCCGUCUCGGCGUACAUCGGGGUGGUCAACACGCUAAUCCGCGUCCUCCGCCGUGAGAGCGGUAACAAUGGCCUCAUCACGCUGGACGUCCGGUACCCGAUUCCAUGUCCAGAUGAGACGGCAAGACUCAUCGCCGAUGUGGCACAAAGAUGCUUUUGGCCGCCCGUCGAGACUCAGAAAUCUCUUGAGCCUGAGUUCGCCUACGAGAACGGUCGAGUUCUGAUACCUCGCGUAAAGCCGGAUGCCGAAUUCCUCAGGUGGGCGCGCAGUGGUACAACACCUGAUGCCGUGGUAGAGCCAGUUACCAUUCCCUACCAGGGCGACCGAGUCCUCAAGGCCGAGUUUGCGACGCCAGGCCUUCUAAGCUCCCUACGCUUUGUGGACCAUAUUGACGACUCACACAAUCUCCCACAAACUCAGAUUGUGGUUGAAGCCCAAGCCCACGGCAUAAAUUACAAGGACGUCUGCGUGGCUCUCGGACAAUUGAGUCCUGGCACACAGAUGGUUGGAGAAUUCGCCGGCAUCGUGACAGCAGUGUCUGAAGAUAUGCUCGAUGUGCACAAAGUUGGCGAUCGAGUCAUGGGGUUCGGUGCGCAACCGUUCAGUAACCUGCCAGUCGCUCACGGAUUUCUCGCUCAUAAGAUCCCCGACUGGAUGUCUUCCACAACAGCAGCGUCUCUUCCGCAUGCAUUCGCUACCGCUUAUCACUGUGUCACAAAUAUCGCACGUCUCAAGAGUGGACAGUCGAUUCUCAUUCACGGUGCGUCAGGAGCCGUUGGCCAAGCCGCCAUUCAGCUUGCACAGCAUCUAGGAGCAACUGCCUUUUGUAGCGUGAGUACCGCUGCAAAGAAACAGCUCCUGGUCCAUGAGUACGGUAUUCCGGAUAGCCACAUAUUCUCUAGUCACGCUGGGUCGUUUAAGCAGGGUAUCAUGCGACUCACCCACGGCGAAGGUGUGGAUCUGAUCCUCAACUCGUCAACAGGAGAGUCACUGAGAGAUAGUGUCGACUGCGUCAAGAGACUGGGAACAUUCGUCGAGCUGAGUAGGAGUGCAAUUCAACAAGGCUCCUUGUUGAAUAUGACCGCUUUCAGCAGGUCUAUCACCUUUGUUGCUUUUGAUAUGACGACCGUUUCGGCGCAGGAACCCGAAACAAUCCAUCGUGUUUUGGGAGACGUGGUCAAUUUAUUUGAGCGCAAGGUUCUGCGACCCAUUCAGCCCAUCACCAUUUACCCCAUCGACCAAAUCGAUGAAGCAUUCCGUUUCUUGAGCUCAAGAAAGCACACUGGCAAGGUUGUCCUCACCAUCGAACCCUCUUCCAGGGUCAACGGUCUUCCGCCUAAGCCCUUGCCGUUGCAACUACGUCAGGAUGGCACAUAUGUCGUGGCUGGGGGCCUGGGUGAUCUUCCCUCCCGAAUUUGCAUUUUCUUGGCUGCACGUGGGGCCGGCCACAUUGUGUCUCUUUCUCGGCGCUCCAUUGAUGAUGAGACAAGGGAGAAGUACACAACGGCUGUUCAGAAACACGGAGGAGAGCUUCAUAUCCUCCAAUGCGAUAUUACGAACGACGAGAGCAUGGCGCGCGCCGCUUCUUACUGCUCGGCAUUACCUCCUGUCAGGGGCGUAGUCCACGGCGCUAUGAUACUCAAGGACCGGACUUUCUCCCAGAUGACCGUCGAGGAGUGGUCGAAACCGCUGUUGCCCAAGGUCUUCGGUACCAUCAACCUCGACAAGUCUUUCGCUUCUCCGGAUUUGUCCUUCUUCAUAACGCUCUCGUCUAUUGUUGCUGUUGUUGGCAAGUCUGGUCAAUCCAACUAUGCCGCCGGGAAUGGUUUCCAGGACGCUUUUGCCCAUGCUCACGCGAACCAUCCUCAUACGCACUACGUGUCAGUCAAUAUCGGCGUCGUUUCGGUCGAUGCACACGGUGCCCUGAAGGAAUCGGAGAAGGGAGAUACCUCUAUCAGCAGCAUGAGAGCAGGUCUGCGCCAGAACAGUGUCAUGGACAUCUCUUUUGACGAAUUCUUCGCCGAUAUCGAGUACGCCAUGACGCAUCUUGCGAGAGAAAGCAAGCUCCAUCAAACGAUCCAAGGGGUUACCCACCAGUCCAUGCUCGAUGUUAACGACGAGCACCUCCUGGACAACCCCGUCUUCAGCCAGUUGACCCGUACUCAGGAGAAGCAGGCUACGGGCACCGCACGCGCGGACAAGAUCGAUUUCGGGAAGGCAUUGGGCAGUGUCAAGACGAUGGCAGAGGCCGAAACCCUCAUCCGCAACGCGACGUUGACCAAGUUCGCUGUCUUUCUCGACCGACCUAUUGAUGACAUCAAAGUUGACCAGUCGCUAUCCAGCAUUGGCCUCGACUCUCUUGUCAGUAUUGAGCUGAAGAAUUGGAUGGUGCGCACAUUCCAAGUCAAUCUUCAGACGUCCGAGCUAGGUGGCGGUGGCAGUAUUAUGGCUCUGACUGCAAUCGUUGCUUCACGAUCUAAGUUGAUACCUGAAGAGAUGCGUCGGAUGAGUCUGGCGAAGAGCGACGAGCUCUCAUUACAUACGUCACCUACGAUUGAGCUUGAGUCAAACAAAGAAACUGGUCACGGCUUUUACUGUUGCAGGAGCGUGAAGGAGCUCCCAAGAUAUCCGCUUGUCGACCUUGAUGAAGCAGUCGAGGACCUCCUUAACAACAUCGGUCACUUCUCCCUCAACCGAGAAGAGUAUUCUGAGCUUAGUCGCAAGGCUCAUGCUUUGGUUGGACCCAACAGUAUCGGUCGUAAGCUUUACAAUCAGCUGCGUAUCAAGGCCGAGGAUCCGACAGUCGAGAGUUGGAUCGCUGAGCCCUUGUUGAAGGCACUGCACAUCAAGCGUAGAUAUCCUUUGGCCCCAUACAGCAAUUUUCUCGGCACCCACUUUGAUAGCACCACCACGCACUCCCAAGCUGAGCGAGCGGCUGCGCUCACCAGGGCAGUAUGCGAGUUCAAACGUGAUCGCGACAACGGCAACCUGGAGCCUGACUACCUAGGGGAGAAGGCGAAUUGCGGCAAUUCCCUGUUGUGGUUGUUCAACGCCUUAAGGGAGCCAAAUUUAGGCUGCGAUAAGAUGUUGAAGUACCCGGGCAACGAGUACGUAGCUGUUCUUCGGAGAGGUCACCUCUUCAAAGUUGUCCUGCAGCAGGGAGAUGACAUCGUGUCGUAUCAACAUCUAAGGGCAGUAUUUGGGGCUAUCCUAGGCCUGACCCUUGAGGAGAAGAGAUGGACGGGCAUGCUGACCACGGACAAUCGUGACGAAUGGGCUACGAAUCGACGGGAGUUGCUUUCGUACGACGAGAGAAAUACGUCAUAUCUCGACACGAUAGAGAAGUCCGUCUUUGUCCUGUGCCUGGAUGACAGCACCCCAGUGACGCGUGAGGAGCGCAUCCGCUAUGGAUAUCUCGGAGACUCCUUCAACCGUUGGCACGACAAGAGCUUCCAGAUCUUGGUCACUGCUAAUGGUCGCUCUGGAAGCAUAUUUGAACAUUCAAUGAUUGACUUUAUGACAAUCUCGCAACUCUCUAAGCGCCUGCAGAAUGCGAUCGACACUCUUGGGCACGAUGACGACGAUAUGGACCAAAGGAGCCAGGGCAUUCACACCGCCAGCCUCGAGGAGAUCCCUCUUUUCACAACUGCAGAGAUCGAGGGCCAGAUCGAGACGCUCCGCGAGAAAUACUCAGCUGUCACGAGUGUGAAGCAAUACACACCACACCUCAUCACUUCUUUUGGAAAAUCGAUUUUCCUCGAACAUUCAGCACCUAUCAAAGCUACAGUCGACCUGACAAUUCAGCUGGCAAGCCGUCUGUACUUUGGUUAUCUCCCUGCUAGCUGGGAAACGGUUUCGACAGCGCAUUUCCACCUCGGCCGCCCGGAAAUUGUGCAGGUGGUUCUGAAAUCAGUCGUCGAAUUCUGCGAUGCUGCGUUGGACAGCACUGUGCCGCGCGCUGAGGCAAGGAACAAGCUGCUACAGGCGGCAAGAGAGUGCAAUGCGCAAAUUGUUAAAGGCAGUGAAGGCCGCAACUACUUCCGACUCAUGGACGUGCUUGAGAUGAUGAGUGAGGAGCAGGAGCCCAACGAUGUCCCAGAGCUCUUCUCUGAUCCAGUAUGGAAGAGGAGCGGUCCACGACUGAUCAUGCAGACGAUGAUCGAGACUAAGCUGGCUGAAGAUCCUGGUUACACGAUGGAGGACCCGGAUAAUGUGUGGAUGAAUUACACGGUGAACGAUGACUCGUAA